AUGGCGGCCGUUAGCAGGCUAGAUCACAUAUUCGGAAAACCAGUGACCGAAAACCAGGCCUUCCUCGAGUCCCUCUCACCAUGGAAACGCAACGGAUCCUCCGCCAUCGAUGAAUCCUUCACCGAGCUCUUCGGCGAAUUGCACUUCAGGGAAACCCGAUCCUCGUCCUUCGCGUCAUCGGGCCGGGCCGACACCGACGGCACGAACAUCAGCCCCAGCCCCAGCCCGUCGCCGGGCCGGAGAAAGCAGGGCGCCUACAGCGACAGCUUCUCGUCAAUGAGCUCGGAGAGCCUCUCCAAGUGCACCGAGGGGUUAGGGUUCGAGAGCUCCGACGAAUUGGAAACUGUCGGCGAUGAAUUGGGCGGAGCGCAUUUACGGGAGGGUUGCGAGAAGUGUCCGGCGGGGAACGGCAAGGGGCGCCAUUGUGUGGGGAAGGAAUUGAGGGGAGAUCUGCCACCGCCGAUACCGGGAAUAGGGAAGAACGGGAAGCCAUGGGUGUGCUUCCAAUCGGUGAGGGAGGGCGGGAGGUUCAUCCUCAAGGAGAUGAGGAUCCCCACCAAGGAGUUUAUGCAGGCGAGAAGGGAGGACGGGCGGCUCAGAUUGCAAUUCAUCCAUUCGGAUGACGAUGAUUAG